CUCAAAGUGGGCGCUUCGCUGUCCUUGUACACCAUUCCCUGACGAUAAGAGGACUGGAACACGCUUCAACAUGGCGGUGAUAGUCGGUGUGUUUCUUCUGUUUGUUGGGUGUGUUUGGGGAUUAGACUCUACUUGUGAUGACAUAGAUGUCGAUAUCUGCAGAGCGUUCAAUAAUAAAGUAAAUGUCUGUGCGGACACUUGCCUCAGCAAACUGUGUCCGAGAACCUGUAACAAAUGCCCCAGAAAAUGUUACAGCUGUGACAAUGUUCCCUCAGUUCAAGACUGCAACACAACACACAUAUGCCCAGACAUGAAUUAUGAAUGUUUGACACAUAUGGGCAUCAACUCUGACUUCACUCCAUAUUAUAGACUUGGAUGUGCAUCAACAACAGUAUGCGUCAGUCUAUUCGGAUCUGGGGCGGAUGUAGGAGUUCCUACUCUGGUGGGCAAGAAGAAACGACACAACAUUGAAGGGGACUGUUGUAACACUGACCUUUGCAAUAAGCAUGAACCCCAUCACGGUCAUAACAAAAAAAGACAAUUUGACCUCGUUUUAGAUACUACUACAACACUUCCUGAUACAACAACAAUGGUGACAGCAGCACAAACAAUGCCACCAACAACAGAAACAAUGCCAUCAGCAGCACAAUCAAUACCAGACCUAGUAACAUCAACCAAGCCACCAGCAACACAAACAAUGCCGACAACAGCACAAACAGUGCCGACAACAGCACAAACAGUGCCGACAACAACACAAACAAUGCCUCCAGCAACACAGACAGUAACAACAACAACAACAAUGCCAACAACAGCACAAUUACCAGUUUGCGCAGAUAUCGACACAUUAGCUUGUCAGCGGCUCGCAGUGCGUAUGAAGGACAUGUGUCACGACAGCUGCCUCGUGAAGUCCUGUCCUGCAACAUGUGGGAAGUGCUCUGAAUGCUACAGCUGUCCAUUUGUACAUAUGCCAAAUCAGUGUUUUACAAAAACAAUGUGUGACCCAGGGGAGAAAUGCUAUGUUCUUGAAGAAAUUAUGGAUGACGGAACACAUGGAUAUAGAGUAGGGUGUCUCCAAGAACAAGUAUGCACGCGUUUCAAAAAUCAAGCUCACACCAUUUUCGGGCGGAGAAGCGACCAUUUGCUUCUGACUAUGGAUGGAAACUGUUGUGACGGUGACCUGUGUAACCAUCAGCCUCUCAUUCACACCACCACAACAACCACAACCACCACCACCCACGCACCGAUCACAAAGCCAACAACCACCAAAGCCACUACGCAUGCACAUACACACCAUCAUACAGUUCCCCCAACGACAGCCUUUAAAGAUGGAUGUUCGUACAUAAGUGGCCACCACUGUCCAUUAGGAUUUGAUCUUGUUAAUGGAAAGUGUGUAGCAUUAACAAAUCAUGCCAUGACAUACGUUGAUGCACAGCAUUAUUGCAGAUCGCAUUGCUCUCGUCUUAUGGAUAAUAUUUCCGAUCGUGACAUAAGUCAUUUAAGUACAUACGUGCAGUAUGCUCUUUAUGAUUUCAAUGGUGUGCAUUUGGUGAGGUUAGGGGCUCACACUACACACCAUGGUCACUUUGUGUGGGACUCAACUAACACUGAGAUACGCGAUGUAACUCGUAAUAAUAUUGGGAAUUGCUUAGUCUUAACACCAGAAGCACACCACCAUCAUACACAGCUGCAGGACGAUUCUUGUAUUGUACGCCGUUAUUCUAUCUGCCAGGCGGUCAAACAUUAACUUCUGUUUCACGUCAAAUAAACAUCAAUGUUUUA